GUAGCUCGUAGUGUAAGCGGAUCCGCGGCUGAGAGAUGGCUCCUAAUGAUCCUAAAAAAGCCGGUGCCGGAAGUGGUUUCUUCGCUUCUCUUGCUUCUUCGAUCUCCAAUUUGGGAUCUGCUAUGACCAAAUCAGUUAAUGGUUUGGUUCCAUAUGAGGGACUUGAAGUUAUCAAUCCCGAAGGAAGUACAGAUGAUGCAGAGGAGGAAGCAAGCAGAGGAAGAUGGAAGCAAGAGGAUCGUGAUGGCUAUUGGAAGAUGAUGCAGAAGUACAUAGGAUCUGAUGUUACAUCAAUGGUGACUCUUCCUGUGAUUAUUUUUGAACCAAUGACAAUGCUCCAGAAAAUGGCAGAGUUGAUGGAAUACUCGCAUCUCCUAGACAUGGCAGAUACAACCGAGGACCCUUAUUUGCGCAUGGUGUAUGCAUCAUCAUGGGCUAUAUCCGUGUAUUAUGCUUUCCAACGUACCUGGAAACCAUUCAAUCCAAUCCUCGGUGAGACUUAUGAGAUGGCUAAUUACAAUGGUGUUAACUUCAUAUCUGAACAGGUCAGCCAUCACCCACCAAUGAGUGCUGGUCAUGCUGAAAAUGAGCAUUUUACGUAUGAUUGUACUUCUAAACUGAAAACAAAAUUUCUGGGAAAUUCCAUUGACGUUUACCCAGUAGGAAGGACACGGGUGACACUUAAAAGAGAUGGAGUUGUUCUUGACUUGGUACCUCCUCUGACCAAAGUUCACAACCUAAUCUUUGGACGAACUUGGGUCGAUUCGCCUGGGGAAAUGAUCAUGACAAACCUGACCACCGGUGACAAAGUAGUGCUUUACUUUCAACCAUGUGGCUGGUUCGGAUCUGGUCGAUAUGAAGUGGAUGGAUAUGUCUAUAACGCCUCUGAGGAGCCUAAGAUACUCAUGACUGGCAAAUGGAACGAGUCCAUGAGUUAUCAGCCGUGUGACGGUGAAGGUGAACCUCUCCCAGGCACCGAACUGAAAGAGGUAUGGAAACUCGCUGAUGUUCCAAAGGAUGACAAAUACCAAUACACACACUUUGCUCACAAGAUCAAUAGUUUCGACACUGCCCCGAAAAAGCUGUUGCCGUCUGAUUCACGGUUACGACCUGAUAGAUACGCACUUGAGAUGGGCGACAUGUCCAAAUCAGGCAAUGAGAAAAGCAGCAUGGAAGAGAGACAGAGAGCUGAAAAGAGAACCCGCGAAGAGAAAGGCCAAGGCUUUACUCCUAAAUGGUUCGAUGUAACGGAAGAAGUCACUGCUACACCAUGGGGUGAUCUCGAAGUUUACCAAUUCAAUGGAAAGUACUUGGAACAUCGUGCAGCUGCCGAUAACUCUGAAGAUAACACCGACCCUAAGUCCAUCCAAUUCAACCCAUGGCAAUUCCAAGAUCUGUCUACUUAAAAUGUAUCGCUCCAAAGGAACAAAUGUUGUAAUUCUUUUUCUCUCGUAGUUGCAACAAACUUUUUUCUACAUC